AUGGCGUCUGCUGAUGUGACAGAAAGUCUCAUCUGCUCCAUCUGUCUGAAUAUCUGUGAGGAUCCUAUAAAGCUGAGAUGUGGACACAACUUCUGCAGGGAAUGUAUUCAGUACCUGCUGGAUACCCUGGAGGGAUCUGGAGAUUGUACCUGUCCGGAGUGCAGAGCCGAGUGUCGAGAACAUCCUGUUCUCCCAAGGAAACAGCUUUUAAUGGAAGAUAAUGGGAUCUUCUGUACCGAAUGCACAUUUUCUCCUCUACCUGCUGUGAUAUCUUGUUUGUACUGUGGAGCUUCUCUAUGUGAUAAUCACUUGCGAGUCCACAGCAAGUCAGAGGAGCACGUCCUCACUAAACUUAACUUGACGUGUUCCACUCACAAGAAAGCCUUCACGUAUUACUGUUCUGAAGAUGCAGCUUGUAUCUGCGUCACAUGCUUGCUUUCUGAAGAACAUCAAGGACACCAGGUGGAGCCACUGACUGACACCUCAGAUGAGAAGAAAGAAAAACUAUAUGUUCUUGAGACACUGGUCAAAAACAAAAAGGCUGCAGAGGAAAAAGUUGAAGACCUACAAAACUAUCUAAGAGGAGCCCAAGAACAUGCAAGUGGAGUGACCGAGAAAGUUGUGGCAUUGUUUAGAGACACUAGAAGAGAGCUGGAUGCCCUAGAACAUAAAAUCCUCAAUGACAUCUCCAACCAGGUGGAGGAGGCCAGAGCUUCAGUCUGCGAUCGACUCCACGAGCUGGAAAUACAGAUAACUGAACUGUCCAGAGAAAUAAGGGACAUGGAGGCGCUAUGCACCAUGACAGAGCCUUUGCCGGUCUUACAAAGAUGGGAGUCUCUCGGGCAUGACAUUGGGGAUGCCCCCAAUCAGGCUUGGAGUGAUGUGGAUGUAGGCCUGAUCUCAGCAACUCUACACACAGCCCUUUCAGAUAUUGUGACCAGGGCGAAAAGGGGUUUCUAUGUCCAGCAGACACCGGAUAUUGUGCUGAACUUGAACACUGCUUCUAAUGAUAUACUUAUUACUACUGACCUUAAAAGUGCAUCUGGGUCACAGUUUAAGCCGAAUUGCCCAAAAUUACCAGAGAGAUUUCAGUAUAACCAAGUUUUAAGCACCAGGAGUUUCCCUUCUGGUAGACAUUUCUUAGAAGUGGAGACUUGUCACACUGGGAAUUGGAGGCUAGGAAUGUCCUACCCCAGCAUUGCCAGGAAAGGCUACCACUCGCUCAUCGGUCAUAGUAACAAGUCGUGGGGUCUGUGCAGAUAUCUGAACCAGUAUUUUGUCAUACAUGACAGGAAGUUCAUUCCUGUUCCCCACAAGCCAUCUUCUCAGAGGUUGGGGAUAUUCCUGGAUUACGAGGCUGGCUACUUGGGAUUUUAUGAGUUGUGUGAUCCCAUAAGGCACCUGUAUACCUACAGCGCCAAGUUCAUUGAAGCUCUUUAUUUUAUACUUGGUGUGUACACGGGAUGGGUAAGAAUUAGGAACUAG